UGCGUUCCUGUAUACUCGAAGUCUCGAAGCAGAGCUUAGUUAUAACUCACUCCACUCCUCUCUCUCUCUCUCUCUCUCUCUCUCUCUCUCUCUCGACAUUCAUAUAAUAUAAAACUGUGUGUGCAUCGAUCUAUGGAUUAUCGAGGAAAUCUAUAGAUCGAGAAAUGGCGAACUAUUUAGCUCAGUUUCAGACAAUCAAGAAUUAUUGUGAUCAAAUCGUAAUUGCAGUUGAAGAUGUGAGUGAUCUUUGGCCCAAUAUCAAAGAUAGAUUUGAGGAGCAACUGCCAUUCAAAAGAGCUUGUUUGAAUAACAAGACGCGUAACCUUGUGUUUGUGGACAAUCUGCCUGCUGAAUUCAUAUUAACUACAGAUGCAAGGCUUCGUAGUCGAUUUCCUCAGGAGCAAUCAUUAUUCUGGUUUCGAGAACCAUACGCAACUGUGGUUCUUGUUACAUGUGAGGAUCUUGAAGAGUUCAAAACCAUCCUUAAACCACGCCUGAGGUUAAUCGUCCAAAAUGACGAACGGGAAUGGUUUAUUGUAUUUGUGUCUAGAGCUCAUCCAAGUAAUGAUAACGCCACCAAAAUGGCAAAAAAAGUAUAUGCCAAGCUUGAAGCUGAAUUUAGCUCAAAGAAAAGAGAGAGGUGUUGUAAAUUUGAUAUUCAUGGCCCUGAAGCAAAUUUUUGGGAAGAUUUGGAAUCCAAAAUUAUGGAAUGUGUCAAAAACACAUUGGAUAGGCGUGUACAAUUUUAUGAGGAUGAAAUACGUAAGCUCAGUGAACAGCGCUUCAUGCCAGUUUGGAACUUCUGUAAUUUUUUUGUACUGAAGGAAAGCCUGGCUUUUAUGUUUGAGAUGGCUCAUCUCCAUGAAGAUGCAUUGCGUGAAUACGAUGAAUUAGAACUCUGUUAUCUGGAAACAGUUAAUACGGGUGGGAAGCAGAGAGAAUUUGGAGGACUAGACAGUGGUGAUGAUCAGGCAGCACUGCUCAAUAUUGGAAACAAACCAUUGACACAAAUCGUUCAAGAUGACUCCUUUAGAGAAUUUGAAUUUAGGCAGUAUCUCUUUGCCUGCCAAUCAAAGCUUUUAUUCAAGCUGAAUCGACCCUUUGAGGUUGUAUCAAGGGGUUAUCCAUUUGUAAUCAGCUUUUCUAAGGCCCUUAUACUGCAUGAGAGUACAUUGCCUUUUUGUCUGCGAGAAGUUUGGGUAAUAAGCGCUUGCUUGGCUUUGAUCAAUGCAACUUCUUCUCAUUACAAUGAUGGAUUAGUGGCAUCUGACAUUGAAAAGGAGUUCUACCGUCUUCAGGGUGAUCUUUAUUCAUUAUGUCGAGUUAAGUUCAUGAGGCUUGCAUAUUUAAUUGGAUAUGGAAUGGAUAUAGAAAGAAGUCCUGUCAACAGUGCUUCACUCAGCAUGCUACCUUGGCCUAAACCUGCAGUUUGGCCUUCACUUCCAGCUGAUGCUUCUUCUCAGGUGCUUGAUAAAGAAAAGGUGAUCCUUCAAGCUACUCCUAGAAGUAAGCACUUUGGCAUUCAAAGGAAAUCAUUGCCCCUUGAACCUUCUGUACUUCUGCGGGAGGCAAACCGGCGGAGGGCUUCCCUUUCUGCUGGGAACAUGUUUGAAAUGUUUGAUAGUCGCCCAAGCUUGAUUGAUGGAUCAACUCCAGAUGCUUCACCAUCGACAUCACCCUUGCAAAAAGCAAAAACAUUUUCUAUGCCGCGAACAAACUCUUCACCUGGCAAUUUUGAUGGGUCAAUGGAUCGACCUAUGAGACUUGCUGAGAUUUAUGUUGCUGCUGAGCAUGCACUUAAGCGUACAAUUUCUAAUGCUGAUCUAUGGAAAUCCUUGUCAUCUUUAGAGGAGUUUGAGCAAAAAUACCUUGAGCUGACCAAAGGUGCUGCUGAUAACUACCAUCAUUCCUGGUGGAAAAGACAUGGAGUGGUCCUUGAUGGUGAAAUAGCUGCAGUUUGCUUCAGGCAUGGAAACUUUGAUCUGGCUGCAAAGUCAUAUGAGAAAGUUUGUGCACUAUAUGCUGGUGAAGGAUGGCAGGAGUUACUGGCUGAUGUCCUGCCAAAUUUAGCUGAGUGUCAGAAGAUGCUAAAUGAUCAAGCUGGCUACUUAUCAUCCUGUGUGAGAUUGCUGUCUCUAGACAAAGGUUUAUUCUCAACCAAGGAGCGUCAAGCUUUUCAGGCAGAGGUUGUUCGUCUUGCACACAGUGAGAUGAAGGACCCUGUGCCUUUAGAUGUCUCAUCAUUAAUCACAUUUUCUGGAAACCUUGGACCACCAUUGGAGUUAUGUGAUGGGGAUCCUGGUACUCUCUCUGUAACUGUUUGGAGUGGCUUUCCUGAUGAUAUAACUCUUGAUUCUCUUAGCCUCACAUUGAUGGCUACAUUUAAUGCUGAUGAAGGUGCUAAGGCAUUAAGGAGCUCUACUGCUACAGUGCUAAAGCCUGGUAGGAACACAAUUACCCUUGCUUUACCCCCGCAGAAGCCUGGUUCCUAUGUCUUGGGGGUUCUUACUGGGCAAAUUGGUCAAUUGAGGUUUAGAUCGCAUAGUUUUUCCAAGGGUGGCCCAGCAGACAGUGAUGAUUUUAUGAGUUAUGAAAAGCCAACUAGGCCUAUCUUGAAGGUUUUCAAACCGAGACCUCUGGUUGAUCUCACUGCAGCUGUUUCAUCUGCUUUGCUAAUAAAUGAAACUCAGUGGGUUGGGAUUAUAGUGCGGCCCAUUGACUACUCUCUCAAAGGUGCUGUCUUGCACAUUGAUACUGGUCCAGGUCUGAAGAUUGAAGAGUCACAUGUCAUUGAGAUGGAGAGCUGUGCCAAUGUAUCACAAAGUGCAGCUGACAUUUCAAACGUGAAUGGCACUCAAAAAGAUUGUACUUUGGCCGCUAAUAAAGAGCCUGAGCAAUUAAGCCUUGAUGAUGGUAGAAUAGAAUUUUCAGAUUGGGCAAGUGAUGUGAAUUCUGUUCUUUGGAUCCCUGUUCUUGCUAUCAGUGACACACUUCCAAAAGGAUCAUCUUCAGUCAACCCUCAGAAACAAAGCAUUGUGGAUGGUAUGAGAACAAUAGCAUUGAAACUUGAAUUUGGAGCAUCUCACAACCAGAUAUUUGAAAAAACUAUAGCUGUUCAUUUCACUGACCCUUUCCAUGUGAGCACACGCGUUGCAGAUAAAUGCAAUGAUGGUACUCUGCUUCUGCAGGUGAUACUGCACUCCCAAGUGAAAGCCUCAUUGACCAUAUAUGAUGCUUGGCUUGAACUUCAAGAUGGAUUUGUUCACACUGGAAAAGGCAAUGGAAGGCCAACGUCAAGCUUCUUUCCGCUUGUGAUUUCUCCAACCUCAAAAGCGGGAAUCUUGUUCAGUAUUUGCUUAGGGAAGAUGAUUGGUGAAGAUGAAUUAGAGGCACGGAAACCAGAGACAGAGAGCAUAUUAAAUAUCAGAUAUGGAAUUUCUGGUGAGAGAACAAUUGGAGCACACCCUCCUGUGGCUGUGGAAUCAGUUAGACCUGAGGUAGCAGGGCAGGACUUGAUCUUCAAGAGUGCUCUUGUUUUGCAAAGGCCUGUGCUUGACCCAUGCCUAGCUGUUGGUUUUCUUCCUCUUCCAUCGACUGGCCUGAGAGUUGGGCAACUUGUUACCAUGAAGUGGAGGAUUGAAAGAUUGAAGGGUUUUGGAGAUGAUGAAAUAUCUGAACAGAGUGGUGAGGUUUUGUAUGAAGUCAGUGCAAAUUCCGAGAAUUGGAUGAUUGCUGGAAGGAAGAGAGGACAUGUUUCACUUUCCACAAAUCAAGGUUCAAGGAUAGUUAUCUCAAUACUAUGUGUGCCACUGGUGGCUGGUUAUGUUCGUCCUCCCCGCCUUGGGCUGCCAAAUGUUGACGAGUCUAAUAUAAGUAACAAUCCUCCUGGGCCUCAUCUGGUUUGUGUCAUGCCCCCUGUUUUGAGCUCCUCCUUUUGCAUCCCAGCAUGAUUGUUUUCAGCUCAUGCAUUCUGGUUGUCCUAGUUUUCCACGAAAAGUGGUUGGAUGGGUUCUUUGCUUCAAGCAAAUUAAAAGUAUCCAGUUUUGCUUACCUUGAAAUCUGUAAAUUUGUAUGUUCACCUAUUGUAGAGAAUCAAGAGAAGUUAGUUUGAGUUGUUCGAAUUUAGUUGCAGCCAGCUGGGUUUUUUGAGUGCUGCCAUCUGCUGUAUAACACUAUUAGUUCCUUAAACAUGUAUAGUUGAAUGCUGUAUGCUUCAUGUACGAGACACAAUGGAAACUGAAAAUCACAAUUUCAUCA